AUGGCUUCCAGUCAAAGGAGUCAAUCUUGUGAGGGUUCAAGCUUCUCGCAGGAUGCACGCUUCUCUCACAUCCUGCAAAAUGUGCUCCUAAAUGCCAACUUAUGUAAGUUGGUGUCAUUUCUGCUCCACAAGUAUCAAAAGAAGGAGCAGGUCACCAUGAAAGAAAUGCUGCAUGUUCUGCCCCAUGAUUACCGUAACAACUUCCCUCUGAACUUUUGGGAACCCUGUGAGUCCAUGUAUCUGGACUUUGGCAUUAAAAUCAGGAAAGUGAAUCUCUCUGGCAACACAUAUGAGCUAGUCCCCAUUUUGGGUCUUACAUACAGUGGAAUGCUAGAUGGCAAUGUUGAAAGAAUCAUUUUCAAAAUUGACAUCAUUAUAUUUGUCCUGUCUCUAAUCUUCACAGAGGGCAACCGUAUCAGUGAGGAGGACCUAACUGAAAAAGUGAAAAGAUGGGACAUGUUAGCUCAGUCUAGGAGUAUUCAUUUUGAGGAAGCCUGGAAAUUCAUCACUGAGGAUUUAGUACAGGAAGAGUACGUGAUGUACCAGCAGAUUCCUAACAGUGAUCCUGCUCGCUAUGAGUUCCUGCGGGGUCUAAGGGCCCAUGCUGAAACCAGCAAGGUGAAACUCCUAGGUUCAUAUGGCCCAUCUUAA